GGCGUUGCUCUGUGCGCCUCCAAGGCGAUGGUUUGUCAGGAGAUUACGGUCCCCAUGUGCAGAGGGAUCGGCUACAACCUCACCUAUAUGCCCAAUCAGUUCAACCACGACAGCCAGGAUGAGGCUGGGCUGGAGGUCCACCAGUUCUGGCCCCUGGUGGAGAUCCAGUGCUCCCCGGACCUCCGCUUCUUCCUGUGCAGUGUCUACACCCCCAUCUGCCUUGUGGACUACAAAAAACCCUUGCCGCCUUGCAGAUCCGUCUGCGAAAGAGCCAAGUCCGGCUGCUCUCCUCUCAUGAGGCAGUAUGGCUUUGCUUGGCCAGAGAGAAUGAACUGUGACAAACUGCCAGUGCUCGGCGAUCCCUAUAACCUGUGCAUGGAUUACAACAGGAGUGAAGUGACUACCCUGUCGCCCCCAUUUCUGAAGCCCACCAUUGCAUCCAAAGGCUCCAAUAAGAAUUUGAGACCCUCAUGGCCGCACCCUGGGAAGCAGCCAGCUCAGUCUGUGGAAUGCCGUGGGAAAUGCUGGUGUAAAGCGCCCCUGAUCCAGAUCUCCAAAGAGAGCCACCCCCUGUACAACAAGAUCAAAACUGGCCAGGUGCCCAACUGUGCCAUCCCGUGCUACGAGCCCUACUUUAGUGAGGAUGAGAGGACUUUUGCAACCUUCUGGAUAGGCCUGUGGUGCAUCCUGUGCUUCAUCUCCACUUUCACGACCGUUUCCACCUUCCUGAUCGACAUGGAGAGGUUCAAGUAUCCAGAGCGUCCCAUCAUCUUCCUGUCGGCCUGCUACCUCUUCGUGUCCGUUGGCUACAUUGUCAGGCUGGUCGCUGGCCAUGCCAACGUGGCUUGCAACAAGGAGUACAACCACAUCCAGUACGAGACCACCGGACCUGCCCUCUGCACGGUGGUCUUCCUGUUGAUCUAUUUCUUCGGAAUGGCCAGCUCUAUCUGGUGGGUCAUCCUGUCUUUUACCUGGUUCCUUGCAGCGGGCAUGAAGUGGGGCAAUGAGGCCAUAGCUGGUUACUCCCAGUAUUUCCACAUGGCAGCCUGGCUGAUUCCCAGCGUCAAGUCCAUCGCUGUCUUGGCCCUGAGCUCCGUGGACGGUGACCCAGUGGCUGGCAUCUGCUACGUAGGGAACCAGAACCUGGACAACCUCCGAGGAUUUGUUCUGGCCCCUUUAGUGGUUUACCUCUUCACGGGGACCAUGUUCCUCCUGGCUGGCUUCGUUUCCCUGUUCCGGAUACGAAGUGUCAUCAAACAAGGGGGCACCAAGACGGACAAGCUGGAGAAGCUGAUGAUCAGGAUUGGCAUCUUCACAGUGCUCUACACCGUGCCUGCCACCAUCGUGGUAGCCUGUUUCAUCUACGAGCAGCACUACAGGGACCGUUGGGAGCGAGCCCUCAGCUGCCCCUGCCUCGAGGGCCGGGACUACCCCAGGCCCGAGUAUGCCAUCUUCAUGCUGAAAUACUUCAUGUGCCUGGUGGUGGGGAUCACUUCUGGAGUUUGGAUCUGGUCCGGGAAGACCUUGGAGUCCUGGAAACAGUUUAGCAGCAGAUGUUGCCGGGGGAGGAAGCUGGCCAAUGAAGCCAUGUACAGCGAAGCCAGUACUGCCCUCACAGCAAGGACAGGGGGCGCUAGCUCCGUCUCCUACCACAAACAAGUGCCCCUGUCACACGUUUAA